GUCUCCAUUUCAUAUUCGCCCUUUUCUCAAGUUUUUGACAUUUUUAACGAGCAUUUAUUCGAUAUUAAAUAGUCGCAUUCGCAUUUUGGUUCGCUGUAUUUUAGCCCUCUUUUGAAUUUAUUGCAGUUAAUUGAUUGACAUUAGAUAUUUCUGUAAUCUAUUUAAAGAUUGCUAGUUCCUAUUGUGGGCAUAUAUAUUAUUAAAAGUUAAAUCUUUGGUUGGGUAUAGCUCUUUAUUUUUGUUCACUCAAAUCUUCAAUGGCUACUGCUAUGGGAAUGUUGGGAGGUAUUGGGGGUUGUGGUGCCGCUUCUGCAUCUUUAUUUCGUUUGAGGAACAUAUCAAAGAAGAAGACCAAAAAUAACAAAAAUGGAUUUAGGGUUUCUUGUGUAUCCUCUACCGUUGCUGAUCCAUACAAGACGUUGAGGAUUCAACCUGGUGCCUCUGAAUCUGAGGUCAGAAAGGCCUUUAGAAAGCUUGCUCUUCAGUAUCACCCGGAUGUAUGCAGAGGAAACAAUUGUGGCGUUCAAUUUCACCAAAUCAAUGAAGCAUACGAUGUUGUGAUGAGUAACUUAAGGGGUGAAACAAGAGCAGAGAUGGAGAUAUAUGAGGAAUACGAUGACAGUAAUGAUGAAUCAAUGAGAGGAAUGAAUGAACCAGAUUGGGACAUGUGGGAAGAGUGGAUGGGAUGGGAAGGUGCUGGCAUUCGUGACUAUACUUCCCACAUUAAUCCUUACAUCUGAUCUUAAUGACUUUGGAUUUGGAAAUCAUCUAUUAGUCGAAAAUCCAAAAUUCAAAAACCCACCCAUCUUUGAUGAAAUCAAGAAUGGUUUGAGGUUUCUGUACAUAAUUCAAGAAUAGGUGGGGAGAGUUCUUAUGUACAUAGUUGGGAUUCUCUCCUUAUUUGUUCUUAUUAACUGUGAUGAUGUGAUAUGCAUCUCGUUCAUAAAUAAAGAUGUUUUUUUAAUUACUGGCA